AUCCUUCACUAAUUACUAAUAAUUACCUUCUUUAAUUCUCUUUCAUUUCUCUCAAUUUUUUGAAUUUUCCCUCUCUCUUUCUCUCUGAUUAUUCUAUUAAAUUCCAACUCAAAGAAAGAAACCUCCAAUUCAUCAAAAUGUCCUCCAAAAUUGAUUUCCAGGAAUUUCAAUUCUCAGGUAUUCUCUCUAAACCAAGAACCAAAGUUGAAUUCUGGAUUAAUUCAAUGAAUUCUUAUCUAACGGCCAAACAAGUGAUGGGUCUUGUCCUGUGACUGUUUGAUACAAUUCUCACGUGAAAAAGGAAGUUGAUUUUAGUUCAAGUGUUAGUUUAACCUCCAGAAAUCACAAAGAUAAACACAAAUCAAAUUUAUUGUUGAAAAUUUAUCUGAUUCGUGGGCUUUUCACUGCUUACCAUGGAGAUUGUAGAUAUGAAUGCAAUAGUUGUUAUUUGCAUCUGUCUUUUAAACCGAGUCCCUUCUUUCAAUCUCUUUCUUGUUGCCAAAAUUAAUUUUCCUAUGCUUCAAUUUCACAGAAUUUUCAGAUGAUAGAAGUAAGGUUGACAUUCGGUUUAUUCAGACUCUGAAUCACCAAAAUAUGGAUGCUUCCACUGUACUCUAUACUAGGGAUAGAGAUACUACACAAACUUCAUCGGGUUGUGAUUUGCGCAAGAGUUUAGCAUGGGAUAGUGCCUUUUUCACAAGUCCAGGAGUAUUGGAUCCAGAAGAGUUGCUUGAGACUCUUAAUUGUAAAAUGGGGGAAAAUGGUUCAGAUAUGACUGGCCACAUGGAACCAAAGUCUAUACCUUUUGAAUCAACAUUAACACCAACAAAUGGAAUUGGUAAUUUGCGAAAAAGUUUAGCUUGGGAUAGUGCCUUUUUUACAAGUGCAGGAGUUCUGGAUGCUGAGGAGUUGUCUAUAAUAAAUGGAGGAUUAAAAAGGCCAGAAACACUUCCUUUUCCUAAGUUUGAAGAGGAAAUUUGGAGGUCUACAGAAUCAAAUUCUACUAUAAAUAGUGAUUGUUACUCUCUUGCAAGCCUUGAGAUUGAUCUUUUUGAUGAUAUAAAAGCAUCCAUUCACAAGUCACGAGAUGCUUCAUCCAAUAGGGCAACUUCAACUUGCAAACUGAAAAGAGAAAAAGGAACACAAAAUGGCCAUGCUUCGAAAACACCAGAUUCUUCAUCUAGAUUAAAACCACCAAAGUAUGCUGGUUCAAGUGGAGAAUCCAAAUCCUCUUCUGUUAAGCCUCCAAAGGUAUCUGCUCGUGCUAACCCUUCAUCAAUAAUUCCCAGCAAAAGGGCUUCUUUGGGUACAAAUCACGUUAAACUGGAUAAUAAGGCUACAAAUUCUACCUGCGGUAAAGAUCUUAAAAGGGAAGGUAUCGCCAUGUCAAAGAAAAUGUGUUUACGGGAGUCUUGCAAUAUUAUUUCUAGUUCAAAGCCAUCCACUAAAUCACCUUCUUCAGUUUUGCCUGCUGCAAAAAAUGAGUUUAUGGGGUUUUGUUAUGCUUCAGGUGAUUUCACUGGUAAAUCUCCUUCAAACCCUCGAAGGAGAACAACUGAUUCUCGGUUGGCUGCUUGCGGCUCAAGCGUUAGAGCUCCGUUAAAAUACUUGGUUAAAAAUAAAACCAAGUUGGUGAGUUCUAGUGAUUCUAUUUGUUUACCGUCCACACCCAAGUUGUCCUCUUAUAUAUCACCUGCCAGUUCCAUUGAUGGUUGGUCCUCAGAAUCAUCAUCAACAUCUAUCAAUCAGAGAUCAAAAAGUUCUGCUGCUAGUCUUGUAAAUACUCCAUUGAGAGAGAUUUCUUUUGACUUUAGUUCCUCUAAAGCAUCAGAUUCUGAAAGGCCUAGGUAUGGUAAAACCUUGGGCCAUGAAAUUCAUGAAACCAAGCUCAUGGAUAUUCAGUUCAACAAUGUCUUAAUGUGUACAAGUACUGGUUCUCCAAACGUUUCAAGAAAACCAACACCUUCAGGUCUUCGAAUGCCAUCGCCAAAGAUAGGAUUUUUUGAUGCGGAAAAUUCUGCUGUUUUAGCACAAGAUGGAGGUCUGAAAUUUCAGUCUGGUGUACAGGAAACUUCAUCCAAAAGUGGAAUUGGUAUUAACAAUGCCAGUGGAUCAGCAAAUAGAACAAGAUAUGGCAAGCAUCGCUUGGCAGGAACCUCGACAGGACCUUUGAGUAAAACGGGUGCUGAGAAUGAGGGGAAGAUCUACUCAUGUGAGAAGAAGCAACCUUUGAAAGAGCGUGAAGAUAUGAGAGUGAUAUGCCCUGAAAAUAAUGUGCAUAGACUUGGUGAAAAUAACAAAGAAAAUAUAGGUAGUUUGGCAAAUCAAGUUGAUGAUCUCAGUCAACGUAUGGGAGCCAUUGAUUUUAGCUGAGAUUUGAUUACAGCAUCCAAAGUAAGUAAGGGCCCCUGUUCAUAGUUUAGAAUCUAGAAUAUUUUCAAGUAUGUUGCACUGGUAUCUUCAUCUUUUUGAAGUGUGAGGAUUGAUUAGAAAAUUUGCAAAAUUAUUUGGUUUUUAAAGCUUUCUUUGAGUAUGGUGAUUAUAUGUAGCACAAGAGCGAGGGCUUGAAUGACUGUCAAAAGCUUACAGCUCCUACUGAAGUGGGUUAUUUGACAUGGCAGAAGAAGCAAUGUUUCAUUCUUUAAUAGGAGAUCAACAAGAGAAAUUAUAAAAGCUGUGCCAAUUUGUACAUAUGAUUUCUUGCAUGAAGUGGCAGCUGUUGAGUGAAUAUGCUGUAAAUUGGUAAGAUAAUUUUGUAUUAUUGAACUA